AACAGAAGCAGCGGUUUAGAGAAGUCUCCAGUUCGUGUGAUACAGAACUACACAACUCUACAAUGUCUUCUAUUUUAUUGACGGCUCUGUUGUUUGUAAAUAUCAUGUUCACCUGUGGACUUGACAUUUCAUUGAAAAGAGAAUACUAUAUGGAGGGUAGAGAUUUAUUCUGUCCCAACUUACAGUGUGUGGAGAGCACAAGAGAAGAUAAUGAAAUCUCAGCUCUUGUCAACAUGUCAGUCUAUAGGAUCAGUGAAUUAGAGGAAAAGAUUAUGUUGGCGUCUGUAUCAGAAUCAGAUUCAAGAGUUCGAGAUUAUAAAGUAGCUGGAUCAAAAGUUGAUGGAAAGUUUUCAAAGUUGUUUGGAGAGUUGACUGUGUCGUUUACAAAACCUUCUGAUUGUUUUAGUACAGUGUUUGGAUGUGAUGUGUAUUACACAAACAGAAGGGGUCUCAUUGAGAAGAAAGAAAAUAAAACCAAACCUGUUGUCCAAGAAAAUCGUAAGCCGCUGAUGUUGAUGUCCUUAGAGGCUAAAACUCCAGAGUUUGAUAAAACAAUGGAUAGAAUGUCUGAGUUUCUAAAAACAUUUAAAUAUUCUGAUCCGUUAAACAGUGCUGACUUGAAGAUGAAUUUACAGUUUUUAACAGAUGACAAAAAUUCUAACCUUAGUUAUCAUAAAACAGAAUUAACUAAGGAGAAGAAUGAUGAAACCUUAGUUAACCUUACCAAUGCGAUGGAAAGUAGAUUAAAUAGCUUGUUAUCUGCCCAAGGAUCUACAAUUCAGAGACUUGAAAAUCAAAUGAACAACGUUGUUAACAGAUUGAACACCUUAAAUAACACAAAUCAAGAGCUCACGCAUUUGAAAUACAACUUAACUGAAAACUUACUAAAAUCAAAUCAACAGAUAGAAGCAAAUAAUACAAAACUUCAAAUGCAAAUUAGUUCGGUACAAAAUGUAACAAGUCUAUACAGUGUUUUACAAAAGCAACUGGAGAAACUGAACUACAGUGUGGUUAAUGUGUCUUUCGAUGUUCAGAGGUUGUCUCAAAAAUCAAAUGAAAGUGAAACUCUAACAAAAAUCUUGCAAGAUUACAAAAACGUUUUACUAACUUUGACUAAAGAAAUGAUUCAAAAUAGCACAGCGAUAUUGGAACAACGUCAAAAUAUAAGCAUUCAACAACUGGGUGAAACAAACAAAUUUCUGUCAGAGACACAGUCAGAGACACUGAGUGAUUUAAAAACAGCUGUAUCACUACUAAACAAUACUGACAUCGAUAUACACGCCAGUAUGGAAGAGAUGAACAGCACUAUUCAAAACCUGAUUACUAAAUCAGAUCUAAUUAGUGUCCUAGUCAGUAGGUUACAUGGUGACCCUGUUCUCAACGGAAGUGAACACUUAAAAUGUACCAAAAUGAACGAUCGUAUUUUAGUGGACAUGACGUUUACUGGAGUAGAUGUUAACAGAACAUUGUGUGAUAACAAGACUGACGGUGGAGGAUGGAUUAUUAUACAGAGACGUAUCAAAGGUGAUGUGAACUUUACAAGAACUUGGAACGAUUAUAAAAACGGAUUUGGUUCAACAUCUGGAGACUUUUGGAUCGGAAAUAGUGUAAUUUCAAAAUUGACAGAUUUGGGUUUUAACGAACUCAGAUUUGACAUGAAGUAUAAAGGUAAAGACUACUACGCUGUGUACAGAGGUUUUAAGGUAGAAAAUGAAGCAGCAAAGUAUAAGAUGAGCUACACGUCAUUCAGUGGUGGGAAUGUUGAAGACCAGUUUAGUUAUCACAACGGAAGAAAGUUUACAACCAUUGACUCUGAUAACGAUGUGUGGUCAGGUAGAAACUGUGCUGUAGACUACGGUAGCGGUGGUUGGUGGUAUGAUGAUUGUCACGCUGUUAACGUCAACGGUGAAUGGGCGAGUCGUGUUAGUCUUAAAGGAAUUCAUUGGUAUAGCAUUACAAGCUAUUUUGACUCUCUAGACUUUGUUGAGAUGAAACUUCGUCAAAUGUAA